UAGCCAUUGAAUGCGUAGAACAUCCUUUUCCUGAAGGUGUGUUCCUUUUUAUAAAAAACUUUACUUUAUCAUCACUAAAAUUACACUUUUCCCAGUGAAAAAAGGCAUAAAAGUUUUCUUAAACCGUUUAGUACUAUACGUGAGUUACAGUGAUCAUUUUUUCAACAAGUUUUGUGAAAUUUUCUAAGGGUGGACUCAUUUUUCCUCCAAUGAGUCAUAGUGAAAGAAUAUGAUUAAAUGGUUUAAUCUGCAUACUUCCUAAUACAACGUGGUUUAUAUUUUGAAUGUUGUCAGGUGAAAUCCUGAGUCAAGCACCAUUGAGUGUGGCCCUGUUGCCGCCACCCUCAUUGAUUAAAGUCUGUAAAGCUAUGGCGACAAUCGCUACUUUGGCAAAUCAACAGAACAUUGACGAUGAUGAUAUAUAUUUAGAAAAUGGAUUAAUGAGUUAUGAAAAUCCAAAUUAUCAUAUGGAUCCACAGCGUAUGGAAAGAAAUUCUCAUUUGUAUGAAGAAAUUUUGUCAGAAUUACAACAACAAAAUUCAUUAAAAGGAUCUACUUGCAUAGGUAACAACCGUAAAGAUUUCAGUAGAAUGGAUUUAGGAUCACUUGGAAUUGAUAUUAAGGAAAAAUUUGUAUCGUCAGAUAAAAGGAGCUUCAUAGAUUUAUCGCCAUCAGAGGAAAAACUAAAAUCAGAUGAAGAAACUAAAAAAGAUGAAGGAAAUAAUGUUAAAGCUGAUAAUUCAAUAAGACAUAUAUCUGGAACAAUGAAUUCAAAUGAUUUGUAUGCAUUGCCAAAUAAGAGAAAGGACAGUUUGCAUGAAUCGAGAGAAUAUGCCCAGGCGGGAGUUCAAGAUAUUGAUGAUGAUGAGGAAGAAGUUGAAAAAGGGAGGAAAGAAGAAAUAGAAGGAAUCGAAGAUAAAGACGCUAAUAAGGAUUUACCACCAGGUUGGGAAAAGCACGAAGACAAUGAUGGACCUUACUACUGGCACAUAAAGUCCGGGACAAUUCAGAGGGAGCCACCUAUUUGGCCAAAAGAUCCACCGAAGGAAUUAAAAACGCCUGUUCUAUCAACAAAUCCGCAACAAUUUUUAUGUUUUACCAAAAGCCCAAAUAAUAAUUACUCAUUUUCAUCUGCAAUGACAAGCUUCUACAAUACCAAAGAUGGUUUAGAAAAUCGAUUGCAGGAAAGUCAGAGUGUAUCUGUAACUAGAAGCAAUACAAGUUCAGCCCUUGAUCAAGAAGAAGAGCGCAAACGUAAAGAAGAUUUGGCAUUUAAGCGUCGCAGCUAUCCAUUGAAGUCGGAGUCAGACAGACCAAUACGUUUUGCCGUGCGAUCUCUUGGCUGGGUUGAAAUUGCAGAAGAGGAUUUAACACCAGAACGUUCUUCUAAAGCUGUGAAUAAAUGCAUUGUGGAUUUAUCGCUUGGCAGAAAUGAUUUAUUGGAUGUAGUUGGACGUUGGGGCGAUGGCAAGGAUUUGUUUAUGGACUUAGAUGAAGGUGCUUUAAAAUUAAUUGAUCCAGAAAAUUUGACAAUACUCAAUACACAACCAAUUCAUACCAUCCGAGUUUGGGGAGUUGGAAGAGACAAUGGAAGGGAAAGGGAUUUUGCAUAUGUGGCUAGAGAUCGUUUAACUAGAAUUCAUAUGUGUCAUGUCUUCCGAUGUGAUACAGCUGCGAGAACAAUAGCCAACACAUUGCGAGAUAUCUGCAAAAGAAUAAUGAUAGAACGUUCAUUGCAACUGGAUGCAAGUGGAACUAGUUCGAAUGGUACUCGAUCUGCAAUACGUCCUACUGACUUACCCACUGAGAAUCGUCGUUGGGUUCGACAUACGCAAUCUUUUCCUACACCGAUGGAAGAACCAAAAAAGAUAUUAAAAGCACAAUAUAUGGGAUCACAGGAAGUCAAUCAAGCAACUGGAAUGGAAGUUCUUAACAAUGCCAUAGAAUAUGUUCUACAGCACACAAAUCCAGAAACAUGCGAGCAUGUUAACGUGUCUGUAGCUCCUAGUAUGAUAAGUGUACACACGAUUGGGGAUGAUUCUCGACUAUUGGUGGAGUGUCGUGUGAGGUAUUUGAGCUUUCUUGGAAUUGGCAAAAAUGUAAAGAAUUGUGCUUUCAUAAUGCACACAGCGCAAGAUAAGUUUGUCGUUCAUGUAUUCCAAUGUGAACCCUCAAGUGGGGCUCUCUGCAAAACCGUUGAAGCAGCAUGUAAGUUGCGGUACCAGAAAUGUCUUGAUGCUCAUCCGGAAAAUCGUUUCCUAGCUGAUACGCAGACACCAAAUAAAGGCUUAGGUGCGACGAUAAAAAACUUGAUGAAUACUUUUUCUCUAAAAAAGGACAAAGCUAGUUCCUGAGAAAGAGCUCAAUCUUUACAGGAAAUCUGGCCACUUUCCAUGGGAACAGAACGUGAAGUAAUUCCACACAGACACCUGCAGUCUCCAUUAAUUAGUAAGAAAAAUAUUCUUUAUCCUCAAAGUCCGUAACCACAAGAUAUUUUUAUUUAUUUUAUUUUUUUUGUUAUAUCUAUUUUAAAUUAUUUAUAUUUUGGCAAUAAUUUGCGCUUAAUUUAUAUACAUAUUUUUUAACAUUUAAUACGUUUUUAUUAUUAUUUUUUUAAAUACCUAAUAUUUUAUAUUGAUGAAGAUAUUUUUUUUUUUAAAAAUUGCAUAAUAGGAGUAAAUUAAAUCAAGAAUGCUCGUAUAAUAAAACAUAAUUGCAAUAUUUCUCUUUUUAAAAUGAUUUUUUAAAAUUAUAUACAGUGCAAGUCCAUAUUGAGGACUUUUUACUUUUCUUUGUUUUAUAAAAUAUUCAGGUUCACACUCUUCACUCUGUAAUUAAAAUGCAAAAUAUAAAUCACAAAAUGAUAUAUACAUUGCAAUUAUCUUGUAUGCUAAGAGAUAUUGUACAAUGAGCAUUGCGUUACUAAAUUCAAAAAGUAUAUAUUCAGAAACACCUCUACGUGAUUAUAAAAUUUAAGAGAUCGAAAAAACUCAACAAGACUACCGUAAAUUUUGCAACAAGAUUUUUUUAAAAGAUUUUUCUUUUCAUUAUUCUUGUUUUAAAAUUAUAACGAAAGUAAUAUUGAAUAUUGGGUUAAAGAAACAUUCUGAGAAAAGAAAAAGUCAAAAAUAUAUUUUUAAAAACCUGAUUCUUAUUAAAAACAUAAAAAGAAAUAAAACUAACUCAUAUUCUGACUUAAAAAGUAAUUAUACACGGCUGAAAUAUGAGCUUUUCAAACUUCAGUACAUAUUAGUAUUAGAGCUCUCAAUGAAAGGAUAUACUAUCAAAGUAAAUGUUAAAAGAAAUUUCAAAGAGAUUUUUUUUAUUACUUUAUCCAAAUCAGAACAUUUUGUUCUGAUUAUUUUCCGAAGUUUGUAUUUUGUAACAUUCAUUCAUUACGAGAUGUUUUUGGUACCUAUAUAUUUGAAAAUUUCUUAUCAAACAAGUAUUAUUUUGUUAUUUUAAUAAGGAGAGUAUUUAUAAAAAAAACGUCUUUUCUAAUAAUUAUUUUGCAAGUAUAAUAUUAGAUGAAAACGAUUAAAACAUACAUAUUGAAACCGGCUACAUAUCUACUGGAGAAUAUACAUAAUUGAAAGAUGAAAAGAUGUAAAAGCAGACCUAAAGUCCAUUGCAAACUGUAGGUAUUUAUUUGAUAUUUAUUGAUUUUUAAAUUAAUUAAUAAGUUUGUCUUUUUUGUUUAGUUUCAAAAUGGGACGAAAAAAAUUUAUAAUGAGGAAAUGUAGACAUUAAAGAGAUACAAGUAAAAUAUAUAUGAAGAAAAAAAAUAUAAAAAAUGUUGGGCUUUUGCGGUGUUAACAAUCUUAUAUAGAAGAGAAUAUAUAUAAAAAAUAUUUACACUAAAUAGAAUGAGAUUUUUUUUUAAUUGGAUAAUCAAUUUUAUUUAUUUGAAAACAAUUAUGUACAUUAUGCAAAACAUCGGAAUAUUAAGUAAAGAACGCCAAAAUUGUUGCUAAUGGAAAAGUGAAUAAUGCACAGGCUGUCAACUAUUUACUUAAUCGAAAUAUACAAGAAUUAAUUAUAAUCUUGCAUAUUGUGAACUAAAACUUGAUAAAAAAAAAUUUAUCAAAGCUAUUACAAAAAAAACAAUACAUAAAAAAAUCUAAAGAUGUGCUCCACUAGCAUUUGUGUACCUCGGCUAGCAAUUUGUAAAAGAUAAACUAUAGUAUGUACAUAAUUUUAGAAUUAAAAUGUAUAUAAUAAAAAUUUCUUGCCUUUGUGACAAAAAUAUAAGUAAAAAAAUGGGAUAGAAAAAAAAACGCGUUUGGAAAGAUCUUUAAAUACAAAAAGAUAAUAGAGAAUUUAAUAAAACACAGAUUGGUAUUUUACUAUUAUUAAAUGAAGAUGAAAAGGAAGGAAAACAGAUAAUUAUUAUAGAGAAAAAUAUAACAUACAUAAUGUAUAGCUUUUUGUGACGUAAUUUGAAAUAAAAAAAAGAAAAAAAGUACAGAACAAUAGACAAACUUAAGUGUAUACUGUACAAGAAAAGAGAUGGAAUUUAUUUCAAUACACCUUAUUAUUGGUUGAAGUAAACGGAAAAAAUUACCAAAUUGGGGGAUUAUUUGAAAUGAUGUGGGAUCGUGUACUAAGCACCAGAUAAUUUCACAAAAUUUGCAUAUCCUUAAUGAAAAUUCAAAAUUUAAAAUCUACUACUAAAAAACAUACUAAAAAAAAACACUUUUCGAAUUAGUAUUCACGUAAUUCAAAGAAUAUGAUUUUAAUCUACUGGUUAAACCAUUACCUAAGUCGGAACAUUUUUAUUUAAUUCACAAAACUAAAAUUUUAAAUUAAAGUAAGGGAUAGUCCGAAAAUGAUAGGUUUUCAAAGAUUUUUUGAAUGACUUCUGACUUAAUUUUCAAACAAAACAUACAUAUAUUUCUUUCCAUUUUCGUUCAAUUUUUUUCUUUAAAUUUUUUAAGCGAUCCUCCUUUAAAGAUAUUUUCUAAACCAGUCAAUAAAAUCAAAAAUUCAAAAUUAUGUCCUAAUUAAUAACACAAACAUGAACAUAAUGCUUUUAUUUUCUAAUCAGCAAAUCAUCGUUCCCAAAUAAUUGUUUUCCUAAUUAAGGUGGAAAUUUCCAUAAAAAAAAUUUUUCUUGCCUGAUGUAAUAUGAAAAAAGUAGGGAGAUUAACAAUCAUAAUUUUUUUCUUCAUCCUAUAAAUUAUAGUUUUUAAUAAAUAUGUUUAAUGGGUUUUAUGCAGUAUGUUAUGCUGAAAAAACUAAUAAUGUAUUUUUUGUAUUAUAUUGCUUUUACACAAUAAUAAUUAAAAUAGUAACUGAAAGAUGAUAUAUCUUACAAUGCCAUUUUCUUUACGACCAUAACUUAUUUUAAAAUGAUCUCUUAAUACGGAAUAGAAUUUUCUAACCUUCGUUAUUUUAACAAAAAAAAAAAGAAAUAUUUUAUUAUUUUGUCAAUGUGUUCUUAAUAUAAUUCAUAUACUUUUACAUAAAUAAAUGUUAGAAUUAAAAACAUAUAUUUAUAUCUAUGUUUAAUUACAAAUUGUAACGUCACCAACAAAAUAUUGCUUUUUUAAACAUAAAAAAAUUAAAGGUAAAAUUGAAAGUAAUUAAGACGUAGAAGAAUCUUUAUUGGCAACAUUUAUCUAGCUGUCAUCCUAAUAAAAAAAAGAAAAAAAAACAUAGAUUUCGCAAAAAACGAUAAAGUAAAAAACAGCUAAUAUAUUGCUUGCUUUGCACUUAUGCACAAUGCAAGGAGAAAAUUUUAUUAUUUAUUGAAAAAAUAGGUACAAACAAGAAAGUAAAAUAUCUUUUAUUAGUGUGCAUUUCUUUUUUUUUAAAUGAAAGUAAAACAUACAUUUACCGAGAAUUAAAUGAAACUGUGAGUAAAAUCUAAUAUUUGUAUUAAACAUAAUUUAAAAGAAAAAAAAAACAGAUUGCUAAAAUAAGAAAAUAAAUGACUGCAUUGCUUUUA